UGACGUCUCGUUGUUUUGCAAGCGCUGUACGUGACAGAGAGGCGUUGAUCCGAAUACACAGGCCUUCAGGAACAACCGACGGAGACACACACACUUUCACAGCUUAUGCAGGUUCUCCUGUGACUGAAACAACGGAAACAUGAAUGUGUUUGAUCGCAGCAUCAACUUUGAUGCUCUCUUCAAGUUCUCUCAAAUCUCGCGCUCGACUCAGCAACACCUGAAGAGUGUGUAUGCCAGUCUGGCGGUGUGUAUGCUGGUGGCCACCGCCGGCUCCUACAUCUAUGUCAUCACACACAUGUUUCAGGGUGGCAUCACUAUGCUGGGGUCGCUGGCCAUGAUGGGUUGGCUGGCCAUGACUCCUCACAGUCCUCAAACGGAGAAGAAGAGGCUCGCCAUUCUGGCCGCUUUCGCUUUCUUCACAGGUCUGGGACUCGGGCCGCUCAUGGACUACGUCAUCAGCAUCGACCCGAGCAUCAUCGUGACGGCGUUCCUGGGCACCUCCAUGAUCUUCGGCUGCUUCACACUGAGCGCGCUCUACGCCCAGCGCAGGAGUUACCUGUUCCUGGGAGGCUCUCUGAUGUCCGCCCUGACCGUUCUCCUGCUCGUCUCCGUCCUCAACAUGUUCUUCGCCUCCGCUUUAGUCUUUAAGGCUCAUCUGUAUCUGGGUCUGGUGGUCAUGUGUGGGUUUGUGCUGUUCGACACUCAGCUCAUCAUCGAGAAGGCAGAGAUGGGAGACAAAGACUACAUCUGGCAUUGUGUGGACCUCUUCCUGGACUUCGUGACCAUCUUCAGAAAGCUGGUCAUCAUCCUCUCUAUGAACGAGAAGGAUAAGAAGAAGGAGAAGAAGUGAUCUCCGGAGAGCUGAACACGGCAGCGGCUUCAUCCUGAAUAUGAUUAGUUUGAUUACAUUUAAUGUGAUUGGAUAUGGUGUCUUAACUUUAUUUUUGAGAAUUGUUUCUGGGCUUUGAAUAUGUCGUCAGGAAAGUGAGCUGAUGUGGUUUGACUGUAGAUUUUGAAGUCUUAUUUAAAGCUUGAGUUCUGUGGAAACGAAUCUCAUUCUAAACGAUGAUCUGAUUUAAUAUUCGACACAAUAGGAAGGGCCUUUCUUACCCACGCUCUGAACAUGUUUAAUAUUAACGUCACAUCAUUAAUAAUACCGUAACAUGGUUGUGUUCGCUGAACUGCUUUCUGUGCUUAUUGCUUUUUCAUUAAUAAUUUUUCUUAAUUGCCAAUGUCAGACUAGAGUUUUGUAGCUGCUGUUAAUGCCAAUUUAAUUUAGAUUCAAGGCUACCAUUGUUAAUGCAUUUAUCAUUGAUCACAGAUGAGAUUUUUUUUAUUUUAUUCAUGGAUAUUGUGCAUCUUGAGUCAAUAAAGGAUGCCACUGAUUAAAUGUG